AAAAAUCGAACGUUGAAAAAUCAGUCACAGCUUUUGUUCUGAAACGACAAGCUAGGUUACGCUCCUACCAUGGCCAAAAUUUUCAAGUAAAAUAUAACCAAAUAGAAAAAAUUCUCAAGUAACCCCCGCAGGAUAGCAGCCAAAAUUCUUUGUAAAGUAAUAAAAAGAAUAAAAUUGUGAAACAUGGCCCUAGUUUUCAGGAAGGCAGUUUUGCCAAAGAACGUAUCGUUGCUAAAAUACUUUAGAGGGCGACCUUUAGCCACAGCGGCCAGUAAAAAGAACCCUGCAGCAUUAUUGCCUCGCGGCGUGAACACGUUGGGGCCAUGCCACCGCGGCCACACCACGCUUCUAUGCUGUGGUGUCAACCAUGGCUCGUGGAGAGGUUUUGCUGACAAAAAAAAAGAUGAUAAAAAGAAAGAGGGCUGUCCUUCUUGCGGCUGUCCCUGCCCUUGCGGCCCGUGUGGACCUUGCGGCCCCUGUGGCCCAUGUGGCCCUUGCGGACCCUGCGGACCAUGUGGACCCUGCGGACCUUGCGGCCCUUGUGGACCAUGUCGAUGCCCCUGCGGACCAUGUCCCUGCGGACCAUGUCCCUGCGGACCAUGUCCCUGUGGACCCUGUGGACCUUGUGGACCCUGUGGACCCUGCGGACCCUGCGGCCCAUGUGGACCUUGUGGACCUUGUGGCCCCUGCGGGCCUUGCCGCUGCCCCUGCCCAUGCGGGCCUUGCGGCCCUUGCGGCCCUUGUGGGCCAUGCGGCCCGUGCGGCCCAUGUGGACCCUGCGGGCCCUGCGGCCCAUGCGGCCCAUGCCCGUGCCCGUGCCCGUGCCCCUGCCCUUGCCCUUGCCCGAAGCCUUGUGGUUGCCCUUGCCCGAAACCUUGUGGAUGCCCUAAGCCUACUCCAAAGAAGUGCGAAGGCCCUAUUUGUCCCACUUGUACAUCGAAGUCGGAAGUACCCAAGAAGCAGGACCCGUGCAAAAAAGAAAAGAUUCCGACUCGGAUGGCUGGUGGAGUUGUCAGCAAGCAGUCACCUUGCUCCGCGGCGGUCCCAAGCCGAAGCUUGAAGGAUAAGGCCAGGACGCUGCGCGUGGGGACCGUGAAGAUCGAAAAGGCGAAGCAGCUGCCGACCGUGAGCGCGGGGCGCAGUCCGAGCGCGUGCGAGCGUCUGAGGUUCUGCGUGUCGUGCCCCGACCUCGUGCCCGUGGCGCGGACGGGAUUGUUCGCAUCGCCUGACAACAACGCCCCGAGAACUAGGACCAUAAGUCACUCCCCGCUAGCCUUGCUGUGCCACCGCUCGAGCUCGCUGCCCGGCUUGUUGCCCGCCCGCAACUUCCACACCAGCAACGCGUUCGACAAAACCUGCCCGCCGCCAUGUAACUGCGGCUGCCCCUGCCCGUUCCCGUGCGGGCCCUGCGGCUGCGCGCAAGGCUGCAACUGCCUCCCCCCGCCUUGCAACCAACCACCCAAGUGCAUUCAGUACAUGACCGGCUAUUACUACUACCCUUACGGCUUCUGGUUCUGUGGACCGUACCACGUGUCCGGCACGUGCACCCCAGUCGGGCCCUGCAGCCCUGCGGCCUCGUGCCCGUGCCCAUGUCCUUGUCCUAAGUGCUGCGCCUGCCUCAACCCGGUCGCAGCGAUGGCAAUGAGCAGCGGCGCCCAGCAGCAGAGCUCGCCGCCCACACCGCGACCACCAUCCAGGUCCUUGCAGUCGCCCAUCGCUGACAUUAAGUACCCUCUGCCUGGCCAGGAACCCGUCCAGUGCAAUACAGCGAUGCCGCCUACUCCAUCGUCCCGUGCCGCUAAUGCAGGCAUAUCAAAGUUCUUCCCCUUCAACGCCGUGCCCAACGUGGAACCGAUCCGCCGCCUUCCCCACACAGUGCUCAUGUGCCCCUACAGCACUAAGCCCAUCCCCCCUGCGAGCACCCCCGACGCGUUCCAGGGGGGCAAGCCUGUGUACUGCACCCCCUGCCUCAAACAACAAAAGAACAACUUUAGCAAUAGGGCUCGCCAAAAUUUCUGUAACAACUGCCAAAAGUCAAAGAAGUCGCUUCCCAAUUCCCUUUCUAAAUCCUAUUCAGAUUAUCAUGAGAAGCGUACUGAAAGUAGGAGCCCCAUCCACCACCACAAGCGGCCCAGAAGACUAAACUACGAAGUGUGCCCGCUCUUAGAAUCUCCUCGAGGCUUGAUGACCCAGGAGCAGCGCGACAGGCCCGACGUCUACCCCGGGGCCUUCCAGUACGCUAACAUCCCCAACUACAGGAGCCCAUACCCCACCCAGCCCUUCACGGAGUCCACCUUCAAGGCAUACGACGUUUAGACAGACCUCGCAUACAGUCAGGAUGACAAUUUUAGAACAAAAGCUGACUCCACAUCUUUAAAUGGAUUGAAAUAAUAACAAUUUGUAAAAAGUCCAUUUAAUAAACAUCUCCUGACUAAUAUUGUA